AUGGAUCCAAUCUUAGAUGGAUUGAAUCAUGCUCAGCGUGAGGCCGUCACCUCAUCUGGCUCAAUUCUUCAAGUUCUCGCGCCACCAGGCUCGGGUAAAACAAAGACACUGACGGCGCGCGUCGCGUACCUUCUUUCGCAUCAUGGUUACCAACCCCAAGAUGUGAUCUGCUGCACCUUCACGAUCAAGGCCAGUCGGGAAAUGCGCGAGCGCCUUGCGAAUCUCAUUGGAGAAAAAUUCGAAUCCCGCUUGAUUCUCGGCACUUUUCACUCGAUCUGUCGUCGCUACUUGGUCAAGUACGGGUACCUGAUUGGCCUGCGGAAGGGAUUCGGCAUUGCGGAUUCGGAUGACACCCGUGCAAUCAUCAAAAGAACCAUUAAGCGGUUGAACUCUAGCAUUGAAGUCAAGGCAGCCCAGGGCCGUAUUUCACGGCACAAGGCACAUGGCUUGAGUCCAGAUGCAGUGUCCCAACGGGCCAAGGCUGAGGAGUUAGAGCUCGUCGAUAUCUAUCGAGACUACCAAUCAGCAUUGGCCGCCUCUAAUCUGCUGGAUUAUGACGACCUUCUUUUGCGGUGCAGCGAUCUCCUUCGGGAUCACCCACAGUGUGUGUCCAAUGUACAGGCCGUGCUGGUGGACGAGUUCCAAGACACGAAUAUCAUUCAGUAUGAGCUGAUGAACCUCUUUGCCUCGAAAAGUCGACGGAUUACUAUCGUCGGAGACCCUGACCAGAGUAUCUAUGGCUUCCGUUCUGCAGAGAUCAAAAACCUCAAGCGAAUGCAAGGACGUUACUCAAAUACAACAGUCGUUCUGUUGGAGGAUAACUAUCGCUCUGCUGGUUCCAUUCUCAACGCUGCUCAAGAGGUCAUCGAACAGGAUGAGGCUCGGCCUGCCAAGGCCCUUCAGGCCACACACACUUUUGGAACCCUUCCUGUGUUAAGAAGGCUCCCAACCCCCAAUGCAGAGGCACAAUGGAUGGUACUUGAGAUAAAAAGAUGCGCAGCCAUGACUGGAGGUCUUUUACGUAUGUCCGACUUUGCGGUCCUCCUCAGAUCGGCUUCGCUGUCCACACAGAUAGAGACAGCGUUUGGGAGAGCCGGCAUACCAUACAAGAUGGUUGGAGGACGUAAGUUCUUUGACCGAACCGAGGUCAAGAUUAUCCUCAACUACAUGCGAGUUGCCAAUCACACAGGACACUCCGAUGCGCUGUUAAACAUCGUCAAUGUUCCACCGCGCAGAAUCGGCGAUGAGACAAUCAGACAAUUGACAAGCGGUGCAGAACAGGCCAAGCUUCCGUUAUGGGACUUCAUCAAGGAUGUGAUUCAAGGGCGCCGCUCGACUGAAAAGAAACUACAAAAAGCCGCAGAACAGGGGCUUUGCAAUCUAGUAAAGCUGAUCGAGGCCUCAAGGCAAAAGCUGCAGGAGUGUGAAGAUGCCUCGGCCCCGCGUGUUCUCAUCGAGUUCAUCACGGAGCGCCUUUCCUUCCAAGAAUACCUCAUCAGAACAUAUCCACUGGACGAAGAUACACGAUGGGCAAACGUUAAAGAAUUGAUGCACCAAGCGACGGAAGUCGCUGCGUUUGAAGAAGAAGAGGUCGACAAAGAGAUGGACCUCCCCGAGAUUGAGGGCGUGGAACAGCAGCAGACGCACGCUGGUGAAGAAGCUCUCACUCGCUUCCUUGCAAAUGUCGCUUUGGCAACAGAGAUUACCAAAGAAGAAGACAACAAGGAGGGCACUCCCACGGAGAAGGUCACUAUCUCAACUAUCCACGCUGCCAAGGGCCUGGAAUGGCCUGUGGUCUUCGUGCCUGCGGUUUACAAUGGAAGCAUCCCACACUCGCGCGCAGAGGUGAUAGAAGAAGAGAGAAGAUUACUUUAUGUCGCAAUGACAAGGGCACAGGCUCUCCUAUAUUUGAGCGUGCCUAUUCGGCAGCCACGGCUAGGGGAGGGAGAAGAUGGCGCAACGACAUUAACGCCAUUUCUCCCUCCCAAAUUGACCAAAACACGAUUUCGACAGACGGGACCAUCUCUCCACGAAAAGGUGGUUUACGCAAUUGCUGAUAUUCUGCGACGUCCUCGGCCGUCCCUUGAUGAUAUGUAUAAGGGGCUCGAGUUUCUGCCAUCGACGCUGGAUGAUCGAUGGACACCUGAAGGUGAAGAAGACCGCAGCAAAUUUGAGGGCACUUCAGCCUCCCAUGAUGUCUCCGACGAGCCCAAUCCAAAGAGACGGCGCUCUGACAUGAACCAGGGACCCAAAACAACGACCUAUAUGUCAUCUACUGGUUAUACUAUGAAUGAUUCGACAGGGUUCACCCUUCCUCCAACCGCUACAACAGGGUUUACAUCUGCGCGAGAUCACAUUGCCGCUUACCCCCAACUCACUUCGGAGUCAGCCGCGGAGUCAGCUUCAAGCACCCAUGCUGAUGCAACGAGGGCAAUUGAACCGAAGCCGUCCAGCGGUGCAGGCCGCAAAGAUGGCCUCACACAAGCUAGCAUAUCUAAUUUCUUCGGAGGCCCAGGAACCCAAAAGAGGGAACCUGUUGUGCCCAAUAGGCCACAGCCACCACCUCGAAGAUACGAACUUCCAACGUCCCAGAACCAACGUCUACCCGCAAAGACCAAUGUCCCGCCUACUCUGUCCUCCCACCGCGUCCAGCCACGACCGCUCAUCCCAACCGGGCCAACACUGGAGCCUGCCAAUACAAGUGGCUACACGUGGUUGGCAACUCCAUCGGGACCUCCAGCCUCAAGGCCCAGGAUGACGGUGACGCAGGAACGAGGCGUGGGCAAUGCUUCAACUAACGGCACGGCCGGGGCAGAGGUGAAACCCGAAGCCUCGCGAGGGUUCCAGUCCGCAACGACGUUCCACACAACGACAAUGUCAAUGGUCCAGCAGGGGCCGAGGCGGACUUUGGGGAUUCGGCGGAGCAUGAAUGGGUGGCAAGACCGGAUGAAGCGAGAGAGCGGUGGAGGCUGA